UCAAGCCACACACAACGCAGCGUGCGCAGUUGAACAUUGUGAACUGUGACAACGAGUCACAGUGACUGUCACAACAUUUAAUCACUUAAUCACGCAAUCACGGAUCACGUUACACGAUACACGUUACACGCUACACGGAUCACGAGUUACACGAUACGAAUCACGCGAGGCACGAGUCACGAAUCACGAUUCACGCGGGUCGCAUUUUGACAGUUUUCGAAGUGUCGAAUUGAAUCGCUGUGAAAUGAACGCAACGUACCACAUUAAAGAGUUGCUCAAAGACAAAAGAAUCUGAGAAAAACAAGAAAAAGAAAAGGAAACAGCAGAGAAAUCAAAAUACACGCGCUCGAAUGCGUUACGGUGCGCAUGAAAUGGCGGCACGCAGUUCGCGCUACAUUGAAUCCAAACGCAUCACUUACAAAUUGCUGUAGUCCGCAAAAGGUAGCCACAGCUCACCCAAAAAUACGAAUACGAAUACGAAAACGAAUGCGAGUGCGAGUACGAAAACGAAUUCGAAUGCGAAUACGAAAACGAUAACGAAUACGAGUUUAUAAUUCAACAGCGUCACAAAUUGCGCAUGAAAUGUUGUUGGAAUACUUUAUGGCGAUGCUUGUGAUCAUGGGAUUAACCACAACAUUCGAUAAGCACAGCACCAGGCAUAUGCCACACUUUGCACUGGCCACGGAGCUCUCCAACAUCAUACCCGAGGACUUUGAGCCGCACUUUGACAACAGCACGGACCGUGAAAUAAUUGCCGCCCUCGGGACAACAGCGCGUAUGCAUUGUCGUGUCCGCAGCCUCGGGGAUCGAGCAGUGUCUUGGAUUCGCCAGCGAGAUCUUCACAUUCUCACCAUUGGCAUCAUGACCUACACCAAUGAUCAGCGCUUUCUGGCCCGCCACAUCGACAACUCCGACGAGUGGGUGCUCAAGGUCGUGUCCGUGCAACCUCGCGAUGCUGGCAUCUAUGAGUGUCAGGUCUCUACAGAGCCCAAAAUAAGCCUCGCCUACAAACUGAUGGUUGUGACAUCUAGGGCGCAAAUCCUGGCGAAUCGCGAGCUGUUCAUUCAAAGCGGCAGUGACAUCAAUUUGACAUGCAUCGCACCUCAGGCGCCAGGACCCUACACGCACAUGCUCUGGUACAAGGACACGGAGCUGGUGAGCGACUCGACCCGGGGUGGGAUUCGCGUCAUAUCCGAGCAACAGAUGAAGACUAGCAAUCUGGUGAUAUCGCGUGUCCUGCACACUGAUUCCGGCAAUUACACAUGUUCCGCGGAUAACUCAAACUCCGACAGCGUCUUUGUGCAUAUCAUUAAAAGCGAACAGCACGCGGCCAUGCAGCAUGAACUGGGCGUGAGACUGGAGCUGCCCAGCCUGUGGCUGCUCUUGCUCCUGCUGGCGGUUAUUCACAUGGCACCACCACGCCCCCAACAUCUCGUGGUCUAAGCUGAGCGGCAACUUAUGUUUGAUGUCUGCUUUGCGUCCUCUGCAGCUUUGGAGUGUACACCUGCCAAGCAUCGAGCGAUAGAUGUUGCCACGCCCACGCCCACUGCCAGUCAGCCCACCAUCUGUACAUAAGCAUAGCUGCAAUUGAAGGCAAUCGAAUGGGAUGCACCUGUAUAUAUGUAAAUCGGAGGUUUUGUUUGAACAACUUUAAGUAUUUUUAUACGUAAUUAAGUGAAUAGACGCAAUACACUUACACUUACACUUACACUGACACGAUGUAUGAGGAGUAUAUGACAUACGUACUAUAUGUGUGUACUUCAUCAUGGAGCAUCAAGCGAGUACUUCAAAAAGCAUAGCGUUAAUGAUUAAUCGAAUAGUCGAACAGAGUCGAGCAAUCGAAUAGCAAUAAGUAUAAUGAAUCGAAUAUGCAAACAUAAAAUCGAAAAGUUGUAAAUAAAUGUUUAAUCUUAAUUAACAAAUACCGUUGAAGUGUUGUCCACCUCCCCUCUCACAAUCAUCCAGACCCACGAAGAUGAGAAAUGAGACACGCACUAUUCAAAUAUUUCGUAGAUAUACUAUAUACACAUAGGUAUCUGUCAUCUAGAUUAAUUAUGAUAAAUUGUGUACAGCAAGUGGA